UCCCAAGUUGCAGGUUUCAGUUAGUAGUAGGCCUAACUCUUGAAUGGUUCAAGAGAAAGGGGUUUUCUUCUAUGAUGGCUAAUUCCGUUGGUAUUCUCAGCUCUCUUAUUUUAGUGACCAUCGGUUUGGGACAUUGUAAACCUUCGGGUAGGGCACUGUCUAAAAGAGACGUCAUGGGUUACCUAGGAACGGAAAACAUUGAUUCUGUUUCUGAUUUUGAUAUUGCUACUACGGUGCAGAUCAACGAAAUCCAUAACAGCAGACGAUCAGUUAACCUGCCUAAAAAAGAAGUAAAAUUCAAUGCUUUUGGGAAUGACUUUCAUCUUAAACUUCAGCUUAACAUCGACCUUUUCCCAUCAAGUCUAGUGAUUGAGAAAAUCGGUGUUAACGGAAGCACUCUCCAUACUCCGACUUCUGCUGACUGCCACUAUAUCGGAUACUCUGAAAAACACAACAGUUCGGUCGCUGCUAUAUCAACAUGCCAAGGAAUAAAUGGAUACAUCAACACCGGGGAUCAAGAUUAUCUCAUUCGUCGUUUACUACCAAAACAUGUUGAAAAGCUUCGCUUACGACGAAGCAGUGACGAAUUUGGCGGACAUAUUAUUUUCAAAUUCGAUGCCAUUAACCAUUGUUCUGUGGAAAAUUCUGAAGAUGUAUAUGAAGGAGAGGUUUCACCGUCACCAUCGAGUGAAACAUUCAAAAAUAAUACAUUCCGAUACGAAGAACAGACGGGUGGUGAAAAGCACCUUGAAUUACUGGUGUUGGUUGAUUACGAAAUGUUUCGAUAUCAUGGAGAAAGAACAGAAGAAUACGUUACGCUUAUACUUAAUAUGUUUGCAAGCUUGUAUCGUCAUCCAAGUUUAGGUGUUAGCAUGAUAACCCAUGUAACGCAUUUGGUCAUCGUUACUGACCCAACAUUUGGUCCGGCACUUUCAACGGAUGCAAGAGCAAGCCUAGAUAGAUUUUGCACAUGGCAACGAACGCGUUAUAAUGUAGACAGCGCAGCUGUUCUCACGAGACAUGACAUAGCAGGGAGCUCAUCAUCAACCAUCGGUUACGCCAGCAUCAGCUCAACGUGUAAUGAGUAUCGACGAUGCUCACUCAGUGAGGACACGGGACUAGGGCUAGCCUUUACGUUGGCUCAUGAAGUAGGCCAUAAUCUUGGAAUGUCGCAUGACGGCACUGGGAAUACAUGUCAGACGGGAGUGAACAUUAUGUCGCCCUCAACGCCGAGUGGGGCUGGUUCCUUCAAAUGGUCAUCAUGCAGCGCAAAUUUUCUACAAGAAUUUCUUAGUUCUAGAUCUGCCACAUGCUUAGAUGACGUACCAGGUAACGAAGAAGAUUUAUCUUUACCAGGCAAACGAUUACCUGGUCAAGUUUAUGACCCAAAAGUACAAUGUCAAUUCAGUUUUCCUGACAGCUCCGGAGAAUGUGAAUGGCGAUCUAGUAACUGUGAGGCACUCUGGUGCGCAACCUCUGCGUCAUAUUGUAGGACGCGCAAUACUCCUAUGCUCGAUGGCUCAACUUGCGGUACAAACAUGUGGUGUAUAGAAGGUCUGUGUAUUCCAGCAGACAGUGGUGGUGGCGGUGGCGGCGGCGGCGGUGAUACGGUAACAUUCAGUUGGGCGAUUGUAUUCUCAUCAUGUAGCAGGACAUGUGGCAAUGGUAUUCAGGUGGCAAAUAUCAUCUGCCGUAGUGAUAUUAAAGAUAUACAAGUAGCUGAUGUAAAUUGCAACAUCAUCACUAAACCUAUCCAACCCGGAGAUAGGUCCUGCUAUUUGCAAAGCUGUCCAACAAGGUGGAGUACUGGUAGUUGGUCAGAUUGUAGCACGGAUUGUGGCACCGGUUUCCAAACACGAAGUGUGCAGUGUUUAUCGACAGUCCGAGUUGGAUCUGAAGACCCCAUUGCGGAAAGUGAGUGCGAUGCUGCCAACAAACCUGUUUCAUCCAGAUCGUGUACUGGUGAACUCUGCCCAUCAUGGAAAAUUGGUGACUGGAGCGCCUGCUCUGUCGUAUGCGGAGGUGGAUUUCAAACUCGCGAGGUAUUCUGUGCAAUGCAGACCAACGGUCAACAAAAAAUACUUCCAGAUAGCGACUGCACGAACUUCAAACCAGACACAACACAGUCUUGUAUAGGCUCCGACUGCUCGACGGCACUGUGGAAGAUUGGAAACUGGGGGACAUGUUCUUCUACUUGUGGAUACGGUGUUCAAACAAGGGAAGUUGAGUGCAUCAGAAAUGGCGUUCCUUCUUCUGACACGUACUGCAGUAGUGAUGCAAAGCCCAUUUUAAGCAGAAUUUGUUUUGUGACAUGUAGAUCUGCCUCUUGGUUGACGAGUAUAUGGGGUCCAUGUUCAGCUAACUGUCAACAACGACGUUAUGUUAUUUGCGUUGAAAAUAAUUAUAUUGUUCCAGAUUCCGAAUGUCAAGACGACAAACCAGACGUGUACCAAAAAUGUCAGACGAAUGCCUGCUCUUCCAAUGUUUGGGUAUUUGGACAAUAUGAAUGUUCGGUCACUUGUGGCGAGGGGCAAGAGACAAGGGAUGUGACGUGUAGACCAGACUCAACAAGUUCUGUCAUUUUGGACCCAAUACAAUGCCCAUUUGCGACAAAACCGCCGACCACACAGCGCUGUGUCAGAUCUCCAUGUCCCACUUCAGGUGUCAGCUGUGGCGGCCAAUUGACUCAGAGUGCAGGAAUCUUCUCCUCUCCGGGAUAUCCUAACAAUUACCCCCCGAAUAGCAGGUGUACAACACAGAUACGAGUGACACCUGGAAAGCGCAUACGGAUAACGUUUAACUUCGUAUUCAUUGAAUAUGAUUUCAAUUGUAGACGUGAUUUUAUUGAGGUAUCAAGCGGUAGUUUAAGCAAGCGUUAUUGUGGGUUAAUUUACAAUCUGCGAUGGACGUCACAAACCAAUGAAGCUACAGUGACAUUUAACAGCAACGCCAACUAUGAGUACACCGGCUUUCGUGCAUCUUACUUUCAAAUCGAUUGAACGCCGCAACUGCCUCAGAUUCAAAUAACACGAUGAAAGAUCUAGCAAAUAAAAGUGUAGUCUUGUUCUUCAGUUCAUAUAC